AUGUCCGGCUCACUGAUGACUGAGGCACAACCUUCGAACACCCCAAAUCCGUUCGCUGAACGUGGAGGUGCGAGCGCGCCACCAGCGCAGCAUGCAGCAUCUGGGUCUGAUGAGACUAUCAUCACGAACCCGCUCGACGAGCAACAACAAUUGCUGGUCUAA